AUGUCCAAGAUCAAGUUUGCAGUAGUAUGUGCCAGUAACCAGAACAGAAGCAUGGAGGCACAUCAUGUUCUUCGGCAACACAAUUUUAGUAUAUCGUCAUAUGGAACAGGAACAGCAGUCAGACUUCCAGGACCAUCGGCAGAUAAGCCCAACAUAUACUCAUUCGGUACGCCGUAUGAUGACAUCUACAACGAAUUGGCCAGUCAAGACCGGCAUUUAUAUACACAAAACGGGUUAUUGCUGAUGCUUGACCGAAAUAGACGAAUCAAACGAGCACCUGAACGAUUUCAAGACACCAGUGAUGUAUUUGACGUUAUUUUUACCUGUGAGGAGCGGUGUUUUGAUGCGGCUUGUGAGAUGAUUGAUAGUAUAUCUGAUGUAGGUAUAUUGAAUCGAUCGCGUCAAUCCAAUCAACCUGUCCAUGUCAUCAACGUCGAGAUUAUUGAUAACCAUGAACAAGCAACUGUGGGUGGUAAACUGAUUCUUCAACUAGCACAAGAGUUGGUAGCUAACAUGAGUGUGGAUGGUCAGAUUGAAGCAACAACAGAUCUGGAUCAGGAGAUUGGCGCAUUACUAGAAGCAUUUAUUGACAAGACCAAAGCAAAUAUUCUCUACACUAUUACAUAUCUAUAA